CUCUCUCUCUCUCAUAAAGGCAAAUGGAAGACAGAACGUUUGAAUUUAAAGAUAUUCCUUGGUUGGCGGCAGUUGGCGGUCUUGAAUUUUUCGAAGAGAGAGAGAGACGCAGGAAUGUCACGAACUAACGCUCGUGUUAUUGUCACUAUCAUCUCUAUCACAACUUUUUUCUACUACUUUUAGCUUUUCGGAGUGAAAAUUUAAGUUUGACGCGCAAAUUUGUGUUACAAACGGAAAACAUAACCUCUGAGAAUUAAAUGCUCUCUGAUGGCCAACCGUUAUGAGAUCACAUUUGGGGAUCUGCAAGUAGACGAGCGGUACAGGAGGCUGCAACGCUCCUUGAAGCUGGCUGUGCUGAACCAGCACAGGCGCAACAGCAGGAGCUCUCCGCACGACGGGAGAGCUUCGACCGUGACAGCCUGGCCCAGCAUCUCCAGCAUCAAUGUGGACACUUUGGAUUCCAGCUCUCCGCCGUCGCUGCAAGUCUCUACGAUCAGGAGCGAGGUCUUGGCUUCCAGCAAUAAUCUGAGGACCAUACUGUUGCAGAAGAAGUGCCACAAUACUAGGCAGGAGGCGAUGACUACGUCCAGUGUCAAGCAGUACCGUGUCCAGCCGGAUAACCACGUCGAUCGGCUUGUUAUGCCACCGCCGUCGGCGAGUACGGUUUAUCGCGCUUUCAGGGAACCACAGGGCAGAGUCCGUACGUCGUCGAAUUGCGAGAACGUGGCGUCGUUCCCGUUCGACAGACCUAUGCAGUCUUCCGUCACAGCAAACACAGUUUCCUUGAAAAGCGCCCCUGGCUGGAUACCUACUAAUACACACACUGGCAAAGAGUACUUGAAUACUUUUGCCACCUCGACGAUUCCGGUCAAUAAUUUUCAAAAGAUUGACCGAGUGUUUUCGAAAUGGAGAGUUACAUUGAACGACCAAUACGAAUUGAUAAUUAAAGGAACAUUAGAAUGUGGAAAGAUCGCACGCAGCAAGCCAGUUAUAAGAAGAUACUCUGCAACAUGUGUUGAAUCCAAGUACAAGCACAAAUAUAUUUUGCAAGGAAAUAUUGUUGACGAAAGAAAUGGAUUACCGGAUUAUAUUCGCGGGAAAUUUUAUAAUGGCUUUCCUGACGAUUGGGAGAAUGUUUAUCAAAUAUGGAGGACGUAUGUCAAUCAAGGAUGCCCAGUAACGUUUCGUUGGCCCACCCCUAUUACGGACAGUGAUGACGAUUUAAAGAGCGAAUUGACAGAUUUGACUUAUACAUGCGUGAAAAAUAAGAAAACUGUUUCUGCGACGAGAUCUUGUAAUUUAAAUAACAGUAAGACUGAAAAUCUGAAUAAUACAUCUGAAAAGAAGGAAAAAUUUAAUCACUCCACUCGUAGUUCUAUUCAAAAUUAUGAGAAAAAGACUUCGUUUAUAAAGCAUUUUGUUUCCAAUUCUGAGAGAGAUGUAAUUCCUGUUGUGCAAACAAAAAAUAUAAGAUUGCUGCCUGAUGAGGAUAAGCAAAAUGUCAAAUCGAAUAUAAAUUCACCGUGCAGUUCCACCAAUCAAUCCAUCAGAAAAGUGGAUGAAUUAUAUAAUUAUAGGGAUAUUCUUCAGGAGGAUAAGCUGAAUACCAUUAUUAACAAUUUGGCAGACAAGAAUUGUUCUCCGAAGUACAUCAACAAAAUUAUUGAGAUGUUUGAUUGUUUGGAUUACGUGGUGUCUUACAGAACGGGAUCGGAAUGCGAUAACGAUUCGGUGGUUUUCACGAGUCACGAGACGUCCAAAUCGGAAACGAUGUCGCAACAAUAUUUAGGUUACAACGACAAUCCUGCGAACACUAAUGAGCUCGGAAACAAACUGACGAAAUUGAAAAGCUACGCAAUUGAGCACUCCACCGAUCUGGGAUCCGGAAGCAUAAGAAACGAUUCCGAUGCUGUCCAGCUGUCGAAUCCAACGAAUAUUAGACAACAACGUUUAGCGUACGACGACAACCCUGCAAACACUAAUGAGCUCGGAAACAAACUGACAGAAUUGAAAAGCUACACAAUUGGACACUCCACCGAUCUGGGAUACGGAAGCAUAAGAAACGAUUCCGAUGCUGUCCAGCUGUCGAAUCCAGCGAAUAUUAGACAACAACGUUUAGCGUACGACGACAACCCUGCAAACACUAAUGAGCUCGGAAACAAACUGACAGAAUUGAAAAGCUACACAAUUGGACACUCCACCGAUCUGGGAUACGGAAGCAUAAGAAACGAUUCCAAUGCCGUCCAGCUAUCGAAUUCAGCGGAACACGACAGGAAUUCAGAUGAAUCGGAGAGCGAGACUUACGCGGGUAUACCCAAAAUAUCGAUCGAACGAGUUUUAAAGACUAGAGAAACGUUCAGAAAGAUAUACAAGCGUAAAGUGAGGAAGAAGAUACAUCCGGACGCUCAGAAGCACGCGACAGAACUGUCGUACGACGCGGAUGAAAUUGAGCCCGUUUAUGUGACAAAUCCAGUCGUCAACACCAAGAAAAAUACGCUUUCCGGUGAAUCCUGCAUCAGUAUCACGGAAGACGAAGUGGAAACGAUGAACAACGCGCGGGAACACAAGACAUCGCAAAACAUGAUCUUUUCCAGUCACCGAGAAGUACAAAGGAAUCAUUUUGACGUGUACGGGAAAGACAAGAAUGCGUCUGCGACGCAUGUACAAAAUGGAAAGCUGUUUGAUGCCUCCGAGGCGCAAAGAGUCAACUUGAAUGUUUUUAUAAAGGAACAGAAGAUUCCGCAUAGGAUUCAGGAGAACGCACCCUCGCAGUUCGUUGCGGACGUUGACUACAUCACCAAUUCCGAUAUCGACGUUGUAACCGUAAGCUCGAGUGCGCGGACCGGCGAAAAUAUGAUGGCACCACGGGCCAAGGUGGACCAAGAUAUUGUGACAAUUAGCGAAAAUGAUAGCAACUUUUCCGAGAAGCCCUGCGCCUCUCCGCAGGUGAAAAAAAAGUUUACCGAACAGACGAGAGGCGAGGUUGCGGUGAAGAAAUCCAAACCCACUAUAAUCAGUUCGAUGCCGGUAAAUUUGAAGUUGAGAAUAAGUAGAGCAAGACAAUUGCAAGAUCCCCAGAUGAUCGCGAAGAAUAAAGAUAAGCAGGACGUAAAUAUUCGGCCGGCGUUGGAGGAGACUGACAAAAAAAAGUCCACGUCGAAGACGUCAAUCGCUACAAAAAAACUUGCGGUUAGUGAUUCUCACUCGAAGACAACAGUUGACAAUAAGAGAGAGGUUUGUCCGAUAAUAAAUAACAAAAACGAAACGGAUGAUAUAAAGCCUGUUAAUUCGACGACGAAUCCAACAACUAAGCAACCUAAAAGCAGUAAGCCUGAAGUUGAGAAAAAUCCCAAAGUGCUGACCGCGUGGGUGCCAAAAGUAGUACAUUACGCGAAAUCGAAAUCCCAGUUGGGUUUAGCUUUUCAAGGAAAAUUAUUCAACGAUGCUGGCCACGUUGUGCACAGGAAGUUUACGACGGACGUUGUGCUGAAGCGAUUAUCAGCGACGCUAAUCGAAACGGCGAAUCACGAACUCUACGAGCUUCGUGGAGAUUUAAAUGAUAACAAGCACAUUAUUCCCAAGGAGCUUGUGCAACAAUUUCGUAACGGAUGUCCUGCGAGGAUCGAGCAAUUUUGUCUGAUUUGGAAAACGUUGCAGCACGGUAAUAUUCAAGAAAUUCAAGAGGAGAAAUCUCAUGAUGCGACAAUGGACUCGCUGAAUGCACCUAUUAGUUCAAGAGGCCGUCGUAUCUUACCUCCACUAUCAUACUGGACAGGUGAACGUAUAACUUUGAAAGAUAACAAUCCAGUCUACAGUCCGGGAAAUUCACAGAAAUCAUUAUUACUUACACUGACUGAUAACUCAAGAGAAAAGAAUACUAUGAAACAGAAAGUGAAUUCCAAGAACACAUCAAAGAAGCAAGAUAUAAAUAAGCAAACACCGUUACCAGAAAAUAAGACUCCUAGUACAAAUAUGAAUCAAACGAUCGUUAUCGAAAAUUCGCGAUCUCCCAAAAAAUCACCUAAUGUGAAAACUGCUAGCAAUGCAAGGAAAGCCGAUAAUUCGAAGAAAUUUCGAAAAUCCGUCGGUAGGAAACGACAACUAGUACAAAAAUUGAUGUUCUCGUCCAGUUCCAACGAAGAAGAGCAAAAAGCAUCUCCGCGAAAGCGUGUGCGCAAUUCUCAGACAAACAAAAAUGCAAAUCCAGAAUCACACUAUACCAUGACAUUAAGGAAUCGGCAAAAAGUAGAAACAGCUUCAAAUAGACGUAAGGACCCAACCAAAUCCAGGCAUUACACAAACUAUUAUUCACCAACGAAGAGAUCCGAAAAACAAAAGAUGACAUAUACUUAUUAUCAAGGUAUUCCGCAAUCAGAAGAUUUCCUAUCAGAAAACGAAGUAUCGUCUAUAUAAUCUCGAACAGUAAUCUCGUAUAAACAUUAUUUUUUAUAUCAAUAAUAAAUACGUGAAAGUUGUAUUUUAAAAGAAUAUUUUUCUAUAUAUUUCUCAUCGUAUAAUUAUAUAUUGUCUUGUGAAUGCUGAAUGUGCUGUUCUAUUUUUGUAAAGUUUAUUGAGAAUAGAUUGUAUAACAUUCUCCUAUCUCGAUAACUUCUUUGUCUACACAAGAAUGUAAUGAAUCAUAAAAUUCACAAUUUUCGUUCAUUUAUAACAAGACAAUAUAGAAGUGCCAUUAAUUUUGAAUAAAAUAUAUUUAUAAAAAAAUUAUUGAAAAAAGACAACACGUUGCAUAUUAUAUACCAUAUAUAUAUAUUAUAUUAAAAAGAUGGGAAUAUUUUUAAAACGGAGGAGAAAUAAAAAGCCACAAGGAAUUGUAAAAGAUAUAACACUUAAACAUAUUGCUUUUAAGUUUAAUGUUAUCAUUUAACAAUUAUAUAAAUUGUAUGAAAUGCGUCUGUUCUAUAUAAGUAAAGUCAUAUAAGAAACAUACAUAAUUCAUUGGUGCAUAUUUAAAUAAAAACCAUAGUCGAUACAAAUACGAAAGAUAAUCAUCUUUGUUUCCGCUUUUACAAAGAAAUUUACUAAAUAAGGCAUUAAUCAGAUGCAAGCUAUUUAGUAAUUUCAAGUAUACACAGCGACAGUGAAUCUUAAUUUAAUUAUUCUGCAGAUAUUUUCUAUAUAAACGCUACUUGAAUAUAUAUAUAUACAUAAUGCAGAUUUCUAUAGAAUACCUAGAUCGCUAAUAUAUUACAAUUACGAAUCAGUUUGGGGGAAAAAUUUUCAAUUAUUUCGUGAAUUCAUAUAUUUUCUAUAAAGUAACGUUAAUGAUGAAAAUUCCUGAAAAAUUGUCACUGUCUUUCCCAAGAUCAUUUGGCUUACUUUCAUCUUUCUAAGAUAGCAGUCCAGGUAUUUAUGUAUAAAACUUAUAGAAAUCUGUAAACCAUGCAGCACUCAAGAGAUGUACCGCUGCUGGUACGAUAAGUAAUUAGAUCAAUCAGUUCUCUAUGUUACAAGCAUAACGGCACCAAUGAAAAGUAUAAAAUAUAUCUUUGAGCAAAAUUCAGUUACAAUCUCUUUUCAACUCUAUGCUAUUAGUAACGUGCCCGUAAAAAGAUAUUGAUUAAGUAUAUUAUUCUAAGUUGACUCUAGUCUUGUAAUAUCUUUAUUGUAACUGAUGAAAAAAAAUAAACUUUGAAAAUUA